UUGCCCUGCAGAUCAAACGUGCAGAGUCAGGUGCUAUAUUGGGAUACUGUUGUAUGUGUUCACCAAAUUAGUUACCAGUCACAUUCCAGGCUCCGAGUAAAUGAAAAGAAAACAAUCGACUUGGAGAGGGAACGUGAACAGUACAAUAAUCAAACAGUGCAACUUCUGAAAUCAUUGAAGGAAUUAAGCGAACAACGAGAUAUGACCGAAGCUGAGCUGAAAGAUGAGGUUCUGGCGAGAAUUGGAGCCGAGAAACAACUUCAAGCAGCCGAAAAAGCUUUGGAACACCUGGAAAUGGCGCUUAGAUUGACAGGAGCCCAAAUGAGUGAACUUCAAGAGCAUAUUAUGCCGGAUGUGCAUAAACUAAGAGGUUAG